AUGACACCAACAUUCACGAUCGCUCACUGCGAUUUGGUGUCAGAUCUCCUGCAGCAAUUACUCAAAGGCAAUUCAGACACUCACCUCAUCGUCUGUGCAACCAGAUCCGAGUUUCUGGUGCAACUUACAGCAGCCAUUCGCUCACAGCGUGCUGAUCCAGACACUGCCGCAAGACAUGACCUGCUUACAAAAACUAUCGGGCUGCUUGCACGGUCCAGCAAAAUACAGCUGGCAUUCUGCCCGAGUUUAGAGAGUCUUCGGGCAUAUCUUGCCAUUUUUAGUCCCGCUGUCGGAGCGGCUACCGAGGACGGAUCACUUUCCCAUGAUCGACACCUCCUUGCUGUCCUUGAUAUGAUGGCGUUGCAUGUUACGACUUCGGAAUUCUCAGCACAGGGACUUUCAAGAACACUUGCUUCUGUCGUUGAGGCUUCCUCUAGGAUGGGGAUGGAUCUCCGGCUUUAUGAGUGCAUGGAUGCUCUAAGCCCUUCAAGUGCUGUUCGGGGAGGAAAGCUAUGGGAUGUGAACGUUCCCUUACUGAAUGGGUCAGUUCGAAUACGAUCAGACCAAAAUACCUGGGGUGGACGAGGUGUUACCGUGAGACGGGUUGCCGAACGCUGGUUUGAAUUUGACCAGAACCAUUGA